AAAGACCUCCUGUUUAAGAUUAAGCAGAGAGCGCACCGAACGGAGAGCGCAGAUGCACUUGGCUAAAUCAAUUCCAUUAAUGAAAUAAUUAUACAUUUACUCUCACUCGUCGCGACCCACCAUUAACAGGUCCGCGACCCACUUUAAGAAAGGCUGAACUAAAUAGUUUAUGAAUGCUGGUGCAAAUGCAAGACGAAUAGACCACUUCCAGAAAUGAAGCUUCAAAACUAAAUGUAAUGUAUUUUGCAAGAUUUUGAGUUAAAAUCCUGCCUAAUUGUAAUUUUCCAUUGGCUACUACUGGUAAGACAACAGUCACCUCCCUGUAUCCACGAGACAGGAAGUGUCGAUGACCAUAGAAUAUAGAAAAAGUGGCAAAGCAACGUAGGUCUACAGUAAUUAUCAAAGGUCAGAAAACCCAGCGUUCUAUCAUCGGAGUAGGGUGCCAAUGACUAUAAUGUUGGAUUGUAGCCUACAUGAUUAUGUAUAAUAAACAAUGUUGCAGAAAAAAAGCCUGUUUGUGCUACACUGUGUCCAAUGAUAUCUGCCGCCAGGGGGACUCGACCCGCGCUGAACAUACUUCCCAAAUUCCAACUAGAACCUGGAGUUGAGUCAGAGUCAGUGGUCCGCCUAAAAAACUAAAUCAUUUGCAGACUACGUUUUUCCCCACUCACUUUCGUAGAUCGAGUCUAUUUGGUGUAAGCAAAUACGGCGAGUGUUUUGGAAAGAUUGGGGUUAAUUUAUCCUCAAAUCUAGAAACCAAACUAAAAGUCAAAGCAUUGUUUUUAUUGACUGAAAAACGGUUACUGCUCCGUGACGAAAGAACUCCAUCCCGACCCGUUACAAGGUCUCUCUGAUCACUGUUAUCUUGGCCUAAUGUCUGUCCGGAUGCCAUCCAUGAGUGUGCUGCCUCCUGUUCGAAGGGACCGCAUCAUUGCCCAGCUUCCUCAGUUUUACAGUAAGAAGGCUGCUGUGCACACUAAAGAUGAGUUCAACUCCAAAGUGAAGACUGCCUGCCAGGAGCAACGCACUGGCACAGUAGGUAGGUUUAAAAUUGCUAAGGUCAUAGUGGUUGGUGACCUGGCUGUGGGAAAAACAUGUCUGAUUAAUAGGUUUUGCAAGGAUGCAUUUGACAAGAACUACAAGGCGACCAUUGGUGUUGACUUUGAGAUGGAGCGGUUUGAAGUGUUGGGGGUGCCUUUCAGCUUACAGUUGUGGGACACUGCAGGGCAGGAGAGGUUCAAGUGUAUUGCUUCCACAUACUACAGGGGAGCUCAGACUAUUGUUAUUGUGUUCGAUGUAAAUGAUGUGGCAUCUUUGGGCCAUGCAAGGCAGUGGCUUGACGAUGCCUUGAAGGAGAAUGAUCCUACCAAUGUGCAGCUUUUCCUGGUGGGCACAAAGAAAGACCUAAGUUCUCCUGCUCAGUACUCUCAGAUUGAACAGGAUGCCAUCGAACUGGCUGAGGAAAUCAAAGCAGAAUAUUGGGCCUUGUCAUCAUUGACUGGGGAAAAUGUGAGGGAGUUUUUCUUCCGUAUUGCAUCUUUGGCAUUUGAGGCCAACGUUCUGGCAGAGCUAGAGAAGAGUGGAUCAAGGCACAUUGGGGACGUUAUCAAAAUUAACAGUAAUUCAAACAACGUGUAUGCAACAUCAAAGAAGAAACAGUCAAACUGUUGUCAAUGAAGACAAACACGUGACUACUACAGUUAAAAGGUACCAAAGCAAAAAGCAUCAUUUACUCAGAAGAGAAACUGAGAACCACGGACCACUCCCAGACACAUGGAAUUUGCAGUGAGAGCUAGCAGACGGGACAGAGACAUUUGCUUCCACAGGCAUUUGAUUUUCAUUUCUGCUGGCCCAGAAAGAACAGCUCCUUGGUUGGAUGUGGAUUCCUGUGGUGUUUGUCUUAUUUUUGCCUAUCUAUAGUUUCGGAAUAGAAUUUCCUCUAUGUCAUUGCACUCCAUACUGUACAAUUCCAGUUUUUGAGUGUUGACAGAUUAUCGCGUCACUAUGGAGUAUGGACAAUCAUGGAUGUCUUCAAAUACCUAAUAUGGAUAUUUUUAAGACACCACCAUUAGGCCUAUUAGAGUUUUUACAGUGUUUUGUCUAGUGUUGUUUGCAUGCUAUAUGUUUUUUGCACAAUUUGUAACUAUAGCAUAGAUGGAAAUUCAUGACUCCACCCUGGGAGGUUAUAUUAUGCUAGCUAAGGAGUAUGAUUUCAUUGUUUGGAUAGUCCUAUUUUUAGCAGCACAGAGGUGUUCAUACAGUAUGAGAGAUGUGUAUUAGUCAGAUGUACCUCAUCUACGUUAGAGACAAUAAUAUAACUGAGAUUGAUUCAUUUUCAAUUAUAUGCGAUAUUUGAAUGACUGAUCUUAUAUUAUCCCUCUAGUUGAAUAUCAUAAUCAGAGUGAAAUGUGCAUACAUAUGUCUAGUUGUCCUUUUAGACAAUAAAUAUUAUUUACUUUUUUUUCUAAUAUGUUUAAUUGCAGAUGUAAGUUUUGACUAUAAAGAUAUACUGUGUAUCAAAAACUACUACACUUACCUCUAUAAUAUAGAUAUAAGCUUUAAAAUCACUGCUCUGUAUCAAAUCAAACUGCUGUUUACCUUUAAUUAGACUAAUUCAAAGUUAUUAUUAAAAGUCCUAUAUAGGAUGAGUCACUAAUCUGUUAUUCAAUUAUGUUUUAUAACUGUUUGUCAUAUUAGCCAGGGCCUCUUAAUAUGAAACAAUAAUACAUAAGGUCGCUAGUGAAAGUCUACACACCCUUUGCACAAUCUUCACAUUUUGCUUCCUUAAAAUACAAAUACAAAACAUUUAUUCAAUUAAAUAUUUUUUCCUUUCAAUCUA